CCUCAAUUUUAAUCAAGAAUAUUUCCGAUUUCAAAGUGAAAUAGUAGCACGUUUAUAAAAUGUUGUCAAAAACAUCUUUAGGAAUUGCAGCAGCUGGAGCUGGUAUUUGUUUUCUAGGGUAUUGCAUAUAUUUUGACAAAAAGAGAAGAAGUGAUCCAGAUUUCCGUCAAAAACUUAAAGAGAAGAGAAGAAAGAAUGCAAAUAAACCAACAUCCAGAGGAGGUUCUGCAAGUACAACAAAGUUCCCAGAUCCAAAUAACCAGGAAGCUUGCCAGCAGUAUUUUAUGCAGGAAAUUCAACUUGGUGAAAUGUUACUCUCAAAUGGACAGAUAGAGGAAGGUGUAGAUCAUCUGGCUAAUGCUGUUGUUAUAUGUGGACAAGGACAACAUUUAAUGCAAGUCUUCUCACAAACAUUACCUCCAGAAGUUGUCAGUCUUCUUACAAUAAGAAUACCUAUUGUUAGACAGAGAUUACAAGAUCAAUUUGGAGUUAAAGUUGAGAAGAAAACUGAAGGACCUAAGAUACAACAAAUAGCUGAAGAUGAUGUGGAGUAGAAGCUUUCACUCUGAAAUAGAACUGUGUAUAUUGUGUACUAUAUAGUUAAACACUCAUCUUUGAGGAACACCAUCUCUUGUACAUUACAUAUAUAUGUUACAUGGGGGAUUUGAAUAUGUCAUGCCUGCCAUCAUUCCUUAGAUACACGUUUUUAAAAGUUAUUUAUAAUGUUUUCAUUAUGUAUAUAAUAAGUAAUCAUUAAAAUGGCCAAUAAGUAAAACAUAACUAUCACUGGAGUUACUCUAAGAUUGCUGGAAAGUUGAGAGAUAUUGUGGUGAACUUUACAACAUGUUGUGACAACAAAAUGAACAAAACCUUUUGAUAAGUUAAUAUACGAGGUAUGUUCAAAAAGUUCGUGGAUUUUUGCUGUCAUUUUUUACUUGGUUCAUAAAAACACCCUUAGUGGAUAUGAAUCGAAAGAGUGUCUUUAUUUUCAAAAGUAAGAUUUACUUUUAUUGUUAACUUUUAUUUCCUUUACGAGUUAUGUGCACUUUAAUAACCAUGGCAACGCAACUUGAAAUCUGACUUUUGGCGUCGUUUGGACGUUGAAUAGCUGAACAAACAGGUUUUGAGCAGCAGUAGACAGACGGGUAAGUUGGGAAGUAUAAACCCUGUUUAUAAACUAGAAAUUUGCUAUUUCGGAAAUUUUUACCAAUAAAUGUGGUAUACUCCUUUAUAUUUUUAUAAGGUGAUUAAAUUAUUAAACGAAAAACAAUGAGUUGGCGAGCAAGUCUCUUGGUUUCAGGUCGCGCAAGCCAUUCAAAUACGGCAAAUACAUGCUCACAGACAGAAAGGGCGGCGAAUAAUUUUAGCGGCAAAUUGUUGGGACGUUUGUAACGUCAAUUGCAAAAGAUCUACAGAAGUUCAGGCAUUAUGACAGUUUUGCGAGAUGUCCGACAUGUUUAUAUCUGCAUCGGGUCUAUGCAUUCAAUUCUGACAAAACAAUUUAAUUUAAUUAAAAUAAUAUUUUAUUUCAUUCAUCAGGAUAUAAGUAUAUUUACAAUAAAUAAUUGUAGUUAUUAUUUGUAUUUCCUGUAUUUACCCUGGUCCGUUUGAUAAUUAAUGCUAGUCGGUGUUCAGUAGAUUUACCGCAUAGAAUAAUUGUCAGUUGAUAAAAUAUUUUCUUUAUCAUCGAUAAUCAUAUUGUUUAAAGAUCGGACGAGGGCGGUUUCAAAUUGAUACUAUCAAUCAACAAUUGAAUUAACUUAAUAACACUGUCCGUUAAGAUUAGUGUCUAAAUUACUCAAAAAUCCCGAUAAAGAGCGAAAAGUAUGCGGCACUCGGAACUUUUUUACGGAGAAUGGAGCGAAUAGAUGACCACUUUAUAUCUCGGGUCAUCAUCGCAAACAGAAAAAUGGUUUUGGUAUAUGAUCCGCAGAUAUUGAACACUAAAAAGAGUACUUUCAGAAACAAUGACGCUGGUGAAAUGUUUCAUUUAUAUUGCGACGUCACGAACGUCAUUUUGUUUCAUCAUCAGCGUGCGCCGGAUUGUGCACCCCUUGUGAUUUGUAACUGUCACAGCAAUUUUAUUUGUAAACAUAUUGUAUUGAUUUUUUCACUGUUUAUUAAGGACAUAUUUUCAUAUAUGUCCCUUGUAAAAUCAUAUACGCAAAUUAAAAGAUGUGAACAGUAGAGCCGCAGUCCACGAACUUUUUGAACAGCCCUCGUACAUUUUGUAAAGUAAUUGAUAUUUGAUGAGUGUUAUUUUGAUUGAUGUUUAUGUUUCAACUUACAUUAUUGUGAAAUUGUCAUUGUUAAAACUUUCAAAAGGUUGAACAAUAAGGCAUAAAUGUGAGGAGAAAUGUUGGUAUGUUGUUAUAGUAGACACUGGUGUCCCAGUAUAUCGUCAUUAUGAAUAUUACAGACUUUUUUCAUCUUUAAUAUUUUGUUUAUGUUUCGACAAAAGAAUUUCGCUUAUGAAAACUUUAAAAUGGAUCCAGAUUGACUGUAAAGAGGUCUCAUGUAUUUUCAAUAAUAUCUGUAUUAAGAUAAUUUUGUAUAUUUGCUAAAGAUUUUAAUAACUGUACAAGAAGAAUUAAUUAAUUAAUGAAGUAUUCAUAUGAUUUAUUCCAGAAACAUAAUACUAUAGCAUUAUUAGCUAUUUAGAAUUAUUUAGAAAAGAUAAUAAGAUAUGAUGUUCUAGUCUGUUGUAUUGUUGAAUGAAGAUGAUGUGUAUAGAAUGAUGUGAUAUUCUUUAAUAAAAGAUAGACAAU